AGAAAAAAGCAAAAAAAAAAAACACACCGACUCGACAUCACCUCAGACCAGCCGUUUGGGACGUGGCUGCAGGGGCGUCAAACUAACCCGGCAUAUACUCCAGGCCUCCAGUACUUCAGUAGGUUGUUUACUGGGCCGCCUAGAGGUCCUAGAGGUCCACCGCGCUGUCCCUGGCUCCCCCCCAAAAAAAUAAAAAAUAAAAAAUAAGACAAAUAAAGCAUGAGCCGGGCGCUCGCAUCACACAGCUCUUGAAGGCGCUCGGGUAUUUUAGCAAGGCAUCCCGCCCUCCCGGCUUCUCGACGACAGCCCCUGGUCACAGCGUCGCACAUCGCCCAUCACCGCAUACGAAGCCCCGGCCUACGGCAAAUACCUCCCGCACUCCUUCCCGGCCUGGCCACCGCUCUUCGCCGCAUCGUCACGCCUGCCGAAAUCCACCUGCUGCUGCACCCACCCACCGCCUACAUCCCAUCUCGUCGCCGCAUGCGCCUGGCAAACACCCUUGGCCUCGCCCUUGCUUAGCCAUCUUUACGCCCGCAGCGUGGGCAAUAAGCCUUGGUCCCCUCGACUGUUCCGCUCUCCCCGUGUCCGAAUACACGGACGGAGCCCCGGACGCUCGACCUAGGGUGGCGAAAUCGCCUUGUUGGGUCUCUUUGGUGCGUCAUCAACUUGUUGUUGACCACGUGUAGGCAAUUCUAGUGUGAUAUCCCACUACAGGCCUGCAGUCGUCCAUUUCAGAGUCUCUCACUGCCUUUGUCCCUUCUCGCUCUCUCCUUGGGCACAUACACCUACUUGUCUUGGCCGUUAUUCGACCUCCCGCUUUGCAGCUCUAUAUAUCUCCCCGUCGGCUCUCUCUUUGUUGCACAUUACUUGACACACCCAACAAGGCUGUUGCGUGAUGGUUGAGACCGCGGAAGAGACCCGCAAUGGGCAUCGAGCACUGAAUCAGGAUCAGCAAAAUGCCUCAGAAAAGGCGCCGACAGAGAAUCUAAGAUGGAAUUUGGGGAGGCUAUGGCAGGUGUAUCCUGUUCCAAAUUACCUCUUCCCAGCAGACAAGAAAGAGCAUGACAGGCUUGAUCUCUACUAUCAUAUCUUUGAUCUUGCCCUCCAGGACCGUCUUCCUGCCCCCGAGACUCGCGUGCAGGAAGGCUCACAUGUCCUGGAUAUUGGUUGUGGGUCAGGCAUGUGGCUCAUGGAGCUCGCCAAGAAAGUAGGACCCAAGGAUGGCUGCCUCCUCGUCGGUGUCGACGUGCAGAUGAACCAACCUGAAAGUAUCCCAUAUACUGUCAGCUUCGAACGCGGCAAUGUCGAGGAGCCAUGGACGGACAACUUGGUGGCCCACGCGCCGUAUGACUACGUCCACUGUCAGCUCAUGAGGGGUGCCAUACGAUCGUGGUCGACAAUGUACAGCAACAUCGCAGCUAAUCUGAAACCCGGAACUGGCGUUUUUGAGCACAAGGAGUUGGACUGGACCUUUCGGAACGACGAUUAUCCCCUUGCGCCGGGGUUGAAACGAUGGAACGACGAGGUUAGCGAGGCAAUGGAGCGGAACGGAACGCCAUUGGGACCAGACCCGCCAGGGACGCGUGCUGCCCUUCUCGCCGCCGGGUUCGUCGACAUCAAGGAGGAUGCCGUCAUGAUACCCGUCAGCCACUGGCCUGAUGACGAGUUUGGGCGCUUUGUCGGUCGGUGGUUCCAGCUCGCCCUGAUACAGAGCUUCUGGCCAAUGGCGCUGGGCCCACUUACACGCGUCGCGGGGAGGGAACCCGGGUACGUUGAGGAGCUAGACGAUGCUGCCCAAGCCGAGGUAAGGUCGCAGAAGUGGACUACCGGCCUGUACUGCAUUCUCUACAUAUGGACCGCAAAGGUACCUCCGCGAGACUGAAAGUACGGCAGAUGGAAGCCAGUCCAUCCUCACCCCUCAUCCGUUACCCACCCUAUCCGCCUUUUCGAUGAGCGAGUGCGAACCGCCUCUCAACUGUAUUCUCAUACCCAACUCUGUAACUACCACCUAUCACGGAAGCCGUCUCUUGUUGGGUGGAUGGCUUUCGGCCGGGGUCGCUAUCCGGCAACUAUUUUCGGAUGAAACCAGAAUGCAUUCAGACCUACAAGUCACUCUGUAAUACCCUGAGAGUUUACCCUUUUAUCCUUGUCAACGGAUACUGUCAACUAUUUCUGAAUGUCAGCAAAACGGCCGGUGAUUAUGUCAUUUCCUCUGUGUUUCCCUAGCCAGCGCUUCCUUCUUUCCAUAAUGUUUUUUUUGUCUGUUUUACCUCCUCUAUGCUAUUUCUUGGGAGGGCUUUACUUCUCUUUCUUUUUCUUACCCACCCGGGAUGAAUCGGUUAGAGAAACUCCGAAUGAUUUUGUGUACUUUGUUUUGGUUUUCUGUACUUACUGGCUCCGGAGUUUGUAUGGCGAUGCGAUACUGUGGCUACAAGAAAGUUGGGUAGCAUGGGGCGAUGGCCAUAAAGCAGACAGCGACGGUACAUGAAUAGCAAUGUGCUCGAGGUCCAAGACGUACACUUGUCGGCGGCUUUCCACUUUCCCGCCUCGUUCCCAUGCACCAAUCGGAGCAGCUCGCCCAG